AUGUCGGGUCCUCUCUUCGGCAUCGUCCCCGCGGGACAGCCCUUGAUCACCGAGCCAGCCUCAGCCCCCUCACCAACCUCAUUCCUCUACUCCCUCCCCACCUCAAAGUCAUUCUCACACAUUGUCGUCUUUAUGCUCCCCGGCGUCUCCCUCCCUCCUAACACCGCCGCCGCCAUCUACCUCGCCACCGCUCAGGACGUUGCCGCCGCCGCCCAGUCUGGCGGAACCCCCAACUUCCGCUUCCUCGGCGGGAUUGGCCCGGGCAAGGAGAGCGCCAUGUUCAAGGUCAGCGGGGGCGGCGAUGCGAGCGGCCUUAUGGUCGGAGUGUCUGUUGAGCCUGAGGAGUCGGUUGGCCAGCGGCUACAGGAGCUCGCCGCCAACAAGGCCAGCAACAGCUCAUCAGGGGGUCAGCCCAGCACCACCGUACUGGCUCAGCGCAUUAUCCAGAACGCCUUCAACUUCCUAUCGAGCUUCAGCGGGACAGCAGGCCCUGGCGGCGUCGAGGUUGUGCCACUGAAAGCGUUUGAGGACUGGUGGCGCAAAUUUGAGUCAAGAGUUCGCGCAGAUCCUAGUUUCCUCGAGAAGCAAUCGAAUUGA